CUUUUUUUAAGGCAGAUCCAAUUCUCUUUUUUUUUUUCUUCUUCUCUUCUUCUUUAAUCAUACAAAAGAUACCCCUUUCAUCUGAUCCUAGAGCUCUCUCCAAGAACCCAAAAAGCUGUUACUUGAAGCAAUCUCUAUUCCCCUCAUCCAUUGCCCCUCCGAAAUACUUCAUCACCCCGCCGCCAUGUCUUUCUUCAUUGAGAACCCCAAUGUGGGAAAUCACAGCCACUUGGAGGAUUCAAGAAUUCGAGGAUACAACCCUCUGACACCACCCAACCUCCUCCAGCAUGAGAUCGCCUUGACAGAAAAGUCCAGACAAACGGUCCUGGCAGGCCGUGAAGAGUCCGUUGCUGUUGUUCAGGGCACAGAUACCGACAAGCGCCGUCUCAUGGUCGUCAUCGGACCUUGCUCGAUUCACGAUCCCGAGAUGGCGCUCGAAUACUGUGAUCGGUUGCUGAAAUUGAAGGAAAAGUACCAGGAUGAUCUGCUGGUUGUUAUGCGCUCUUACCUCGAGAAGCCCCGCACCACAGUCGGAUGGAAGGGUCUCAUCAACGACCCGGAUAUCGACAACAGCUUCAAGAUCAACAAGGGUUUGCGGACUUCCCGCCAACUCUUCGUUGACUUGACCAACAAGGGAAUGCCCAUUGCCAGUGAGAUGCUUGACACCAUCUCGCCACAGUUCCUGGCGGACUGCUUGUCCGUUGGCGCUGUUGGUGCUCGCACGACCGAGUCUCAGGUUCACCGUGAACUGGCAUCUGGUCUUUCUUUCCCCAUUGGCUUCAAGAACGGUACUGAUGGUACUUUGGAUGUCGCUGUUGACGCCAUUGGCUCCGUUAAGCACCCCCACCACUUCCUCUCCGUCACCAAGCCUGGUGUCGCCUCGAUUGUCGGCACAGUGGGCAACCCCGAUAGCUUCGUCAUCCUCCGUGGUGGAAAGAAGGGCACCAACUACGAUGCCCAGAGCAUCAAGGAAGCCAAGGAGAAGCUUACUGCUAAGGGCCUUCCGGCUCGUGUCAUGGUUGACUGCAGCCACGGCAACUCGGAGAAGAACCACAGAAACCAGCCCAAGGUGGCUGCUGUUCUUGGUGAGCAGAUUGCAGCGGGUGAAACCGCUAUCAUGGGUGUCAUGAUUGAGAGCAACAUCCACGAGGGCAACCAGAAGGUCCCUGCCGAGGGCAAGGCUGGUCUCAAGUACGGUGUCAGUAUCACCGAUGCCUGUAUCAGCUGGGAAGACACAGAAUCCGUGCUCGAGAAUCUUGCACAGGCUGUUCGUGCCCGGAGACAAUUGCUGAACGGCACCAACUAAACAUAUUUAUUCCUUUUUUGAUACUUUUUUUUU